AUGACAAAAUUUUUUACACUUUUUCUCAUAUUAUUUUUUGUUCAAAUUAUUAAUGGAAUUCAUUUUUAUGGUGGAACAAUCAAUUGGUCACCAAUAAAUAAUCAUACAGUUGAAAUAAAUGACACACUAACAAUUAUUAUUGUACAACGAUAUGCAUGGUCAAGAAACACUAGAACUAGUGCAUGUACAACAUCAACAAUUUUAUCACAUGAUUUAAUUGGAGAUGUUUCAAAUAAUAUUCUCACUUGUUUAUCGGAUUCAACAAUAUGUUCAAAAACCAAUUUUACUCACAAUAUUUCAAGUUUAGUUCCAUGUACUGAUUAUAAUACUAUGUUAGACAUAUCUUUUGGUAGUAGACAAACAUCGGUAGAUUUUAAUGUGUUAACGAAUGGUCUUAUUAUUGGUUACAAAUCUUCGAAUGAUGGUUGGAUACCUUUACAAAUAGGUGGUGGUCAUUGGAGUUUAGUUAUGUAUCUUAAUUUACAAAAACGUCCAGAUAAUGGUUUGGUAAAUCAUUCACCAACAUCAACAAUGCCAAUAGUAAAUUAUGUAUCGAUUACUGACAAUACAAUAAUAUCUAUUAAUAUACCGAUGAGUGAUAGUGAUGGAGAUAUAAUUCAAUGUCGUUUUGCAAAAUCAAAUAAUAUAUUAAAUGGAAUCCUUGUAAAUGAAUGUCAUGGUGCUUGUUCUACUAUUGCACUUCCACCAUCAGCACAACUGAUUUCAAUCAAUAAUACAUGCACACUUCAUGUCAGUCUAUCAUAUCCUGGCAAUUAUGUAGUAGCAAUUCAACUAGAAGAUUUUCUAGAAAAUCCUACUUAUAUACUCAGUUCAAUACCAUUGCAAUUUAUUUUAAUAGCAGUUGACACUUCAAAUUCAUCCAAUAAUUGUUAUCUUCCACCGACUAUUAUCGAUAUUCAACCUGAUUCUCCUCCACAUGAUUCUACCAUAACCAUUCAAAUGAAUGUUCCAUAUAAGUUUACUGUUAUUGCUCAAAUAGGUUGUUUCAAUAAUACAGAAAUAAAUAUUACAAAUUUUAUAACAUCAAGUCCACACGGUAUGCUCAAAGCAGAAUAUCCAUAUGCAUUAUCAUCAACAUUGUAUGCUAUUGAUCAUACGUGGACGCCAACAAGUGAUCAAUUAUAUCAGACAUUUACUUUUUGUACUGUAGCUAUUGAUAAUAAUUUUUAUUCAUCAAAUCAAUAUUGUUUCAAUUUAUUUGUUGAUUAUAAAAUUAACGUAAGAUCAUAUGAAUCAAUCACAUUUAAUCCAAAAUUAGCAAUAAGAAUUUUACAGAAACGACAAGUAUUGCAACCGCGAUCGGGCAUACUAGAAACAACAACCACAACAACAACUACAACAACGACAACAGAUACUACAACAACAGAAACAACAACAACAGAAACAACAAGUACAACAACAACAACAGAAACAACAACUACAACAACAACAACAGAAACAACAAGUACAACAACAACAACAACAACAGAAACAACAACUACAACAACAACAGAAACAACAAGUACAACAACAACAACAGAAACAACAACUACAACAACAACAACAGAAACAACAACUACAACAACAGAAACAACGACUACAACAACAACAACAACCUCCAGAACAACCAAAACAACAACAACCACCACAACUUCCGUUACAACUGCCACCAGUACUACGACAAUCGCAACUUCCAAUAAUAUUUCCUUAGUUCUUGGUCUUGCUCUUGGCUUAGGCUUACCUUUAUUAAUUCUCUUAAGUGUUUUAAUUUUAUGUUAUUGUUGUAGUUCUUGUCUUGUUCCUCUCAAGGCAAUACUACGUGUUCGAUAUGGUAAUCGUACUGAACAAAUCUUACAAGAACAAAAUAAAUUCUUCAAUCAAAAAAUUACUCAUAAGUCUGAAAAUCAAGACUUUAAUAAUAGAAAUGAUUAUCAAUUACAAAAUAUUAAUGACGUUACUGUUGAUUCUACCAAUAUGUUAGUAGCAUCGAAUGAAAAACCACAAAUUUUACCAUUAAAUGAUUCCAAUAAUGACGAUCAUUAUUCACGAUUUGAACUUGAUCCAUGGACAAUAACGACAACAUCUUUUCCAUCACCUUCUUUCAAUCAUCUUCCGACAGAUCCUGUCAUGGAAAGAAAUGCACCACCAUUAAUACAUCCAAUAAUAUCUCAAGUACAAGCUUCAAUUCUUGUAGAAGCCUAUCACAAACAACAACAACAACAGCCUGAAGAAUAA